CUCGAAAAACCUCACCAUGUCCGACUACGGCACGCUCGUGACGACCAUGCGGACGUUCCACAAGACCGGCGCCACCCUUCCGCAGGCGUGGCGCUUGGAGCAGCUCCAGACGCUCAAGCGGCUGCUGUUCGAGUGCCAGGAUGAGCUGAUCGAGGCCCUCGAGGCGGACUUGUCCAAGUGCAUGACCGAGGCCAAGGUGACCGAGCUUGCGCAGCUGUUUGCUGAGAUCGACUACGCGGCGGCGAACCUAGGCUCGUGGAUGAAGCCCGAGUCGGUCAAGUCUGCGUCAUGGGUCAACUCGUUCGACUCGAUUCAGGUCCGGCGCGAUCCGCUAGGGGUCAUCCUCAUCAUCACGCCGUGGAACUACCCGUGCAUGCUGACGUUUCUACCGCUGGCGUCUGCGCUGGCAGCGGGCAACGUAGUGGUGCUCAAGCCGUCGGAGAUGUCUGAGAAUGUGGCGCGAGUCAUUGCCGACGUCAUUCCGCGGUACUUUGAGCCCAACGUGGUGUCUGUGGUCACCGGCGGAGUGCCUGAGACGCAGGCGCUUCUGGACGUUCGGUUUGAUCACAUCUCGUUCACCGGAUCGACAGCGGUGGGCAAGGUGAUCAUGGCGGCGGCAGCCAAGUACCUGACCCCAGUCACGCUCGAGCUCGGCGGCAAGUCGCCAGUCAUCGUCGACCCGACGGCCAACGUCGCGGCGGCGGCGCGGCGGAUCGUGUGGGGGAGGCUGAUCAACUCGGGGCAGUCGUGCAUUGCGCCCGACUACGUCCUCGCCCACGCCGAUGUCGAGGCCGAGCUUGUGGACGCCAUGCAGGCCGCCAUCCUCGAGUUUUACGGCGAGAACCCGGCCGAGUCGCCUGACUUUGGCCGGAUCAUCAACGAGCGCCACUUUGACCGCAUUCUGUCGCUGCUAGACAACCCGUCGGGGUCGGAUUUCGACGUGGUGACCGGCGGGCCGGAGCGCGCCGACCGCGAGUCCAAGUACAUUCCGCCGACCAUCCUGCGCAAUGUCUCGCCGUCUGCGGCGGUCAUGCAGGACGAGAUCUUCGGCCCGGUCCUCCCGGUUCUCUCGGUCAACUCACUCGACGAGGCCCUCGACUUUAUCAAGGACCGUGAGAAGCCGCUGGCACUCUAUCUCUUCUCCACCGACAAGGGCGUGCGCGAGCGGGUGCUGACCGAGACCUCGUCAGGCUCUGUCUGCGUCAACGACACUGUCAUCCAGCACGGUGUCAUCACCCUGCCGUUUGGCGGUGUUGGCUCUUCCGGCAUGGGCGCCCAUCACGGCAAGUGGGGCUUUGACGAGUUUACCCACACCAAGGCCGUCCUCGGCAAGGGCGCCGGCAUGGAGGGUCUCAACGCCGUCCGCUACCCGCCGUACGACGACACCAAGCUCGGCCGCGUCGAGUGGGCGCUUGGUUAUCCCAAGUCGCUUACCAAGUCGGCGUGCAGCAUCAUGUAAAACAACUCCUGUGGCUG